GCCGAGAAAUGAGUUCAUCCUCCUUCGUCCACUGUCCACGAACGUGAGAGCGCGCGUGACGUGACGCCGCGGACUCGAGGCUCGCGCCGCUCUGUUGUCUCCACGCUCGGUGUCGGACGGUCCCACCCGCUCCACGGAACAUGGCCGAGAGAAGUGGACGGCUGAGUUUCCCCGGCAGCGGGGCUCUCAACCGGCCGGUGCCCAUGAACCUGUUCGCUACGUGGGAGAUAGACGGUUCCUCCCCGAACUGCAUCCCGAGAUUGUGCAGUCUGACUUUGACAAAGCUGAUUGUGAUGCGAGAACUUGAUAAAGAGUUGAUCUCUGUUGUCAUUGCUGUAAAAAUCCAGGGGUCCAAACGGAUUUUGAGGUCCCAUGAGAUAGUGCUGCCACCCAGUGGGUCUGUAGAGACGGAUCUGGCACUCACCUUCUCUCUGCAGUACCCGCACUUCUUAAAGCGAGAAGGAAACAAGCUACAGAUCAUGCUGCAGAGAAGGAAGAGAUACAAGAACCGGACCAUCUUGGGCUACAAGACUCUUGCAGUUGGAUCUAUUGAUAUGGCCGAGGUGAUGCAGCACCCAACAGAGGGAGGCCAGGUUCUGCCUCUCUGCAGCAAUCAGAAGGACAUGCUGGGUAAAGUGGCCGAGAUCUGGAUCCUUUCCCUGUCCAGUCAACCUAUCGACUAUGAAGAGGCAGCUUUGCAGGGGGAGCAAAAGAUCAAAUGCUCGGAUAACUACUCGGAGGAGGAGUAUGAGAGUUUUUCUUCAGAGCAGGAGGCCAGUGAUGAUGCUGUACAGGGACAGGAUCUUGAGGAUGAUGAGUAUGAUGUGAGGAAGCCAAAGAAGCAGAGGAGGUCAAUUGUAAGGACCGCCUCCAUCACCAGACAGCAGAACUUUAAGCAGCGAGUAGUGGCUCUUCUCAAGCGCUUCAGAGUUUCAGAUGAGGUUUUGGAUUCAGAGCAGGACCCUGCAGAACCGCCUCCUGAAGUGGAGGAGGAUCUGGAUUUGGAGAGUUUGGAUUUUGAGAAUCCCAGCGACAGUGGCCCGGAGCUGGAUGAUGAUGACAGCGUCCUGAGUACACCAAAACCAAAACUCAGGCCAUAUUUUGAGGGUCUUUCUCUCUCCAGCUCUCAAACUGAGAUUGGCAGCAUCCACAGCAGCAGAAGCCACAAGGAGCCUCCCAGCCCGAGUGACCCAGAUAAAACUAAGUGCAGCGGGGCCAAGUUUCAGGAAGAUGGCGUCUCUGAUAAUGGCUCUUUUCAAGAACCACCAGAAGCUGUGACUCCGACCUCCGAGCUGGAGAUGGACACCAUGGACACAUUUUUAGACAGAUUGCCCCCAAGUGGCAAAAUGACCAAAACAGAGUCUCUUAUCAUUUCAUCAAACCGGCAGGAACCGAUGCUGGCUGGAAGGCGAGGCAGGAGCACAUCACUAAAGGAGCGCCAGCCCAGCAGGCCACAGAAUGAGAGGGCUAACAGUCUGGACAAUGAACGGUCCCUGGAUACACGGUGCCACCUGCAGAUCCCGAGAAAGACUGUAUAUGACCAACUAAACCACAUCCUGGUGUCCGAUAACCACCUCCCUGACAGCAUCAUCCUCAUUAACACUUCAGAAUGGCAGGGCCAGUAUCUUUCAGACAUCCUGCAAAACCACCAUCUGCCAGUGGUCUGCACCUGCACUACCGCCGACAUCCAAGCUGCAUUCAACACCAUCGUCUCCCGCAUACAAAGAUUUUGCAACUGUAACUCUCAAACACCGAUUCCCAUUAAGAUAGCCGUGGCCGGAGCACAACACUACCUCAGUGUGGUCCUGAGGCUUUUUGUGGACCACCUUUCCCAUAAGACCCCUGACUGGCUCGGUUACAUGAGGUUCCUCAUCAUCCCUCUAGGUGCACAUCCAGUCUCCAAAUAUCUUGGCACUAUUGAUUACCAUUACAACACUUUGUUCCAAGAUGCUGCGUGGAGGGACCUCUUUCACAAGCCGGAGGCUCCCAUCAUUGCCCAGGAGAACCCAGACGUUGUGUCCAGAGUAACGCAGUACAUGGUUGGAGCUAACGGUGCUCACCAGCUCCCCAUCGCAGAGGCUAUGCUGACCUACAAACAGAAGAGGAAAAAGAGCUUUCAUUUUGAUUUUGCAGUAAGCCCCGAUGAAGAUUCAUGUCAGAAAUUCAUCCCUUUUAUUGGGAUGGUGAAAGUUGGCAUUGUGGAGCAGACGUCUGUAGCUUCUGGGGACUCAGAUGAUGCGAUGCCUUUGGGGUCAGCAUUGCUUUCUUCCACUCCCCCCCAAGUGUCGCCCGCUUUCAAAGAGGCUUCACCUACUCCACCCUCCUCCCCCUCCAUCAACACGGGGUUUUGCACUUACAGUUCUAGUGGCCAGACGGAGCUGAUGGGCCUUCAAGUGGACUACUGGGUGGCAUCGACAGACAGAAAAAAAGAGGUGGAGAAACGGGACUGUUCCUCCAAAAACACUCUCAAGUGCAAUUUUCGCUCGCUGCAGGUCAGCCGGCUGCCACAGGGGGGUGCAGAGCUGAGCUCCCAGCCUACCAUGUCCAUGACGGUGGUGACUAAGGAGAAGAAUAAGAAAGUCAUGUUCCUGCCAAAAAAGAGCAAAGACAAAGAGGUGGAGUCGAAGAGUCAAGUGAUUGAGGGCAUCAGCCGGCUUAUCUGCACUGCCAAGCACCAGCAGACCAUGCUGCGAGUGCUGAUUGAUGGCGUCGAGUGGAACGAUGUGAAGUUUUUCCAGCUGGCUGCGCAGUGGUCCUCGCAUGUCAAACACUUCCCCAUUGGGAUCUUCGGACACACAAAAGGCCCUUAUUAGCAGACAGAGACUGAGACACUGAGGACAGCUCUCCCCUUCCUCCCUCCUCCUCAUGCCAGCAGCUUUUAAGCUCCCUUCACCCUGCUGUACACUUCUAUUCUGCUGCUUUAACUCUUAUUUUCGUUUGUGGCAUUUGUCUUAUUAUUUUAUUUACUGUUUUACAGGGUUUUUAAAAGUUUUCUAUUUAAGGAAAACCUUGAGUCGGAGUUGCUGAGGGAAUAUUUCUUUACUCUGCCUUUUAAGACAACAGCUGAUGAUGUUUUAUAGAUAUUUGAGAAAAAAAAAUCCCUAAUUCAAUAAUAAUUAAAGAUGCGGUGACCUUUAGCAUAUUAUAUUACUGUCCACAUGGACGCCUGCCCUCAUUUUUUUUUUUCCUCCGAGAGGCUGGUUUACAAUGUUUGUCCACCACAUGAUACAACAGGCAAACUGAAGGAAGGACAAAAGGACAAACUGGAAGCAGAUUAUGGCUUCUUGUUUUUAACACAAACAAACUUUGAAUUCUCACCUGCAGUGAUUGACUUCAAACUCAACUUUAACCCUGAAGAAAGACAAAUUAAAUGACCCCUGACCUUUAGCCUUCUGCACAUAAUGAAGAUGUCUAAUGUGCAAUCGACUGAAUACUGUGUUGCUAUAACUUAGCAUAAUAACAUGCCACUGUUAGUAGAUUAGAUGCUGCUGUUAGCUGUGGUUUUCAUUCUUAUCCCCUUUCUUUUUCUGCUUCUGAUAAACUGACUGACAUGUCAAAAGGUUUGACUUAAAACUGGGCACACAUUCAAAAAAAAACUACUCUCAGACAUACUGAUAGCACAAAGUCAAGCUAAAUGCAUUUUACAUUAAAAAUGUAUUCUAAAUUGAAAAUAAUGUGUAUUGUACAAAUAAGUCCAUUUGCUCAGGUUGCUCACUCCUCCCAACACACUCCGUGUUUUUGCAGAUGUUAAUUUUGCUAAAGGAAUCAGCUGCAGCUCGCUCUUUACCUGUGGUAUUUUAGAUGACUGCAUUAAGUAGAGAGGUGAAUGUAUUGAAGGUACUUCAGUGUAAAGCACUUUUUAAACGUUCGUCCGUUAGAGAUUUAGUGUGUUAAACUUGGCCCGGGAAUCUUGCAGGUACCAUUGACUGAUUGCUGCUGUACAAUUAGAUCCAUUCCAUUUUAGUUUCAUAUUUUUGUAAUUUUAGUCUUGAAUGUGUAUAUGAUGUUAACAUUUAAAAGAAAUUACUUUCCUAUUUUGUCAGUACAUUACCCAACUGUUAAUAAUAAAAAAAUAAAACAUGACAGUGUAUAUUAUUGACAUUUCAUUCAGCAGCAGUUUCAUCGUAAUAAUUGCCAACAUCUUGAUAAGUGCCUAAAUUGCUUAAUUUGACAAAUCAGAAUAAAUAUGCCUGGCUAACAUGGUGCUGAGUCUGAUGUUACGACAACAAAUUAUCUUUAUACAAUGCACUGAUUUGAAAACAUAAAUUAUGCGGUCAUACCUGUUCAUUCAUAUGUCGCUAAAAUAAAUUCCCAGCGCAUCGUACUAAAAGGGAAAUUCACAUUGUAGUCAUUUGGCUCCAAAAUGCGCUUUUUAAUUCAUUAAAAUGACAGGAUACAGUUGUUUGUUUCUCGACGCAGAGGACGUUGUUGAUGUUUGGUUCAUCUGUUGUCUUUGAAAGACUUGUUGAUACUUAAAGCUCUUGAAAGAAAACCAUUGUAAUUCCAAAACUGGGAGUAAUAAAACUACACA